AUGGCAACGUUAUACUCUCCGCGUUCAAAAUCUAAGACAUCUACCAGCACCAAGCGCGCAUGCGUCUAUAAUGUUCACGGUGGCGGUCAGAUAGCUGGGAAUCGCUUCUCGGCUUUGAGUUGGAUUGCAAGCUGGUUUGAUGGGAUUGACAUUGUGCCGAUAACGGUUGAAUAUCGACUGGCACCGGAACACCACACGCCAGCCGCUCCAAAUGAUGCUUUCUGUGGUCUUGUCUGGGUGGCUGGGGUUGCACCUGCGUUCAUUGACGCUGGAGGAGCAGAGGUGUUCCGCGAUGAGGAUGUGGCCUAUGCAUCGCAGUUGUGGAAGUGUGGUGUGCCGGCGGAUCUACACAUUUGGGCCGAGGGUUUCAUGGCUUUGAGCCGAUCAGUGUCCAGUCGUCCCUCGCAAAAGAAGCUGCGGCCACGACAAAGGCAUGGAUAA